AUACCACGAUGAAAGCUUUCAGGCUUGCGAUUUUUGUGUUCAUGAUUCUGAAAAUAGAAGCAGCAUGGAAAAAUAGCUGGGACAAGCCGCUCAACUUCCAAUGCUCUUCAGACAAGUUGUCUAUUUAUCACAUUGUAUCGGAACAUAGUAACUCCAAGGAAGACCGGCGAUUUGACUUCAACUGCAGACAAGUUCCAUCUGUCUCGGGAUCUAUCUCCUGUACAUGGUCUGGUUAUGUCAAUGAGUACGAUGCCAAUGUGCUUCACGCUUGUUCAAAUGGAGGCUAUCUAAAUGGUGUUCACAGUGUCCAUAACAAUAAAAAAGAAGAUAGAAGGUACAAGUUCAGAUGUUGCACUCCUCGAUCAGGAUAUUACCACAAAAACUGUAGAUGGACUGGCUGGGUCAAUAAUUGGGAUGAAACCUUCAGUUAUUUUGCUCCCACUGAUUACGUCAUCAGAGGUGUGAGUAGCAUCCACAACAACAAAAAGGAGGACAGAAGAUUCAAGUUCGAAGUUUGUCAAGUUGCAAAACUUUAGAGUAAAAUGAACCAUGGAAUAGCUUGUUUUCUUUUAUUUGUUUAUUGUCAUUGCAAUAAAUGUCAAAAUAAC